AUGGCAGAUAUUGACUGGGAUACUUGGCUGGCCAGCAAGCUGGAGAGUGAACUGAAGAUUACCGACGAGACGUUUGCUGAAUAUAUAACCCAACUCUGCACUGAGUGCAACUUCUCACUGGUGGCAUGUAACGGGGUAGAACAGGAUACGAUAGAGGAAGAGGAAAAACGCGAAGUGAUAGUGGAGUUCCUCGGUGAGGCAACGUCCGACGAAGCGAACGUGGAGCCAGUCGUCGACGAGCUGUUGAAGCGAAAUGCGGAGUUUCGGGAAAAGGCGGCCAAGCGAGAAGAGGAGGAAAGACUGAAGGCAUUAGAAGCCGCGAAGCAGAAGGAACUGGAGGCAUUGCAAUCGAAUCGUUCAUCCAAAGACCCCCAGCACGACGAUCAAUCAAAGACGAAAAAGGCCAUGUCAAGUUCCGAAAGACUGGCCCGAGAACGGUUACUAGCGCAGUACGCAUAUGAGACGGACGAUAUUGUCGAAACAGCUGAUGGGGCGGCGGAGUCCGUGUCUACACGGAAAAAGGGCGGUGAGAGAGACUUGUUAGCUAAAAACGAUAAUGCGGAACGGAUACGGCAGGAAGAACAGGCGAAGAGAGCCAAAGCGCAGGCCGAUCAUCAGAAGAAAGUGCAGCGAGACAAAGAGUUGCUGGAAAAACAGAGGCUCGACAAGGAGAACCAGAAGAAGAAGACCGUGAAGAGCGAAAAGCGUAGAAUGUAA